AAAAUCUCCCAUUACAUCAUCUUCCUUUUCAUCAAUUUUUUUUUUCUAUUUUCCAAACACUUCGCAAAAUCAUGGGUGUUUUCACAUACGAAUCCGAGACCACCUCCGUCAUCCCCCCUGCUAGGUUGUUCAAUGCGACUGCUCUUGAUGGUGAUGAACUCAUCGCCAAGCUUGCACCACAGGCAGUGAAGAGCAUUGAGAUCCUUGAAGGAGAUGGUGGAGUUGGAACUGUUCAGAAGAUCAUCUUCGGUGAAGGUAGCACAAAUGGCUACGUGAAAAAAAGAAUUGAUGUGAUUGACAAGGACAACUUUGUGUACAAGUACAGUAUGAUUGAGGGAGAUGCUAUCUCAGAGACAAUUGAGAAGAUCUCUUAUGAGACUACGUUGGUGGCUUCUGGCAGCGGUUCCAUCAUCAAGCGCACAUGCCACUACCACACUAAGGGUGAUGUUGAAAUUAAUGAAGAGCAUCUCAAGGCUAGCAAAGAGAAGUCUUCCCACCUCUUGAAGUUGGUUGAGAACUACCUCUUGGAGCACCAGGAUGCCUACAACUAAAUUCUCUUAUGCCUCUUCAAUGAUUUUCUGAAGUGUUGAUCAUAACUUUGUGUCCUCUUGGGCAUCAGUGAAUUGUGUGGUUUUCGUUCCCUUGUAUUUCCUUACAUUUACAAAUGAAUAAAAAGAAAAUCAUGGGGGUUUGAUGAUAUAUUUGCAUGUUCCUUUUUAGGGGAAACUUGAUAUAAGACAAUUUUUUUAGUCAA